ACAUGUUUAGCGGCUAACAUGUUUAUCUUCCUCUAGAGAGCGGCAUACCUGCCCAGGUGGUGGCUGCCAUCGACGUCAACACGACGGCCAAUCAAAUCUACAGGCACAACUUCCCCGACACCACCCUCUGGAACAAGACCAUUGAGGGCAUAACUCUAGAUGACUUUGAUAAAUUACCCGUCGACAUGAUUGUGAUGAGCCCUCCAUGCCAGCCUUUCACCAGGGUCGGACUUCAGGGGGACAUCGCCGACUCCAGAACCAAGAGCUUCCUGCACAUCCUCCACCUCCUGCCCAGGCUGUGCCGGCGGCCCCGCUUCAUCCUGCUGGAGAAUGUGAAGGGCUUCGAGGUGUCCUCUGCCAGGCAGCGCCUGGUGGAGACACUCGUGGAAUGCGGCUACACUUUCCAGGAAACCAUGAUCUCACCCACAAGUGUCGGGAUCCCAAAUUCCAGGCUGCGCUAUUUCCUGACUGCUAAGUUGUCAACAGCUAACGAAAGCAGCCAGAGUUCAAAGGUGAGUCCUGGCAUCAUCUAAGGGAAUAAACCAGCUGACCCAACAGGGCUCUGAGGACACACAAAGACACUAAUGGUCGCUCUGCACCAUCUCCAACCCUGGAGAAGUUGGGCAGAAGCCACGUCCCCUCAGCCUGCGCGUCCCCUCGGCCUGCGCGUCCCCUCA